UGGCCGCCUCCUGUCCGCGCUGAGGAGGCGCAGCAGCCGGAGAUGGCGGCGGUGCUGAGCGCGGAGCGGCUAGAGGUGUCGGUCGACGGCCUCACGCUGAGCCCGGACCCCGAGGAGCGGCCCGGUGCGGAGGGCGCCCCGCUACUGCCGCCGCCGCUGCCGCCGCCCUCGCCCCCUGGGGUUGGCCGGGGCCCGGGCGCCGCGGGCCAGCAGCCGGAGACCGGGGAGGCGGCGGCCGGGAGCGCGGCGGAGGAGGCGCGGCGGCUGGAGCAGCGCUGGGGCUUCGGCCUGGAGGAGCUGUACGGCCUGGCGCUGCGCUUUUUUAAAGAGAAAGAUGGCAAGGCCUUUCAUCCAACUUACGAAGAAAAACUGAAGCUUGUGGCACUGUAUAAGCAGGUUCUUCUGGGCCCAUAUAAUCCAGACACUUGUCCUGAGGUUGGAUUCUUUGAUGUGUUGGGGAAUGACAGGAGGAGAGAAUGGGCAGCCCUGGGAAACAUGUCUAAAGAGGAUGCCAUGGUAGAGUUUGUCAAGCUUUUAAAUAGGUGUUGCCAUCUCUUCUCAACAUAUGUUGUGUCCCACAAAAUAGAGAAGGAAGAACAAGAGAAAAAAAGGAAGGAGGAGGAAGAGCGAAGACGACGUGAAGAGGAAGAAAGAGAACGUCUUCAGAAGGAGGAAGAAAGACGUAGGCGAGAAGAGGAGGAAAGGCUUAGACGGGAGGAGGAAGAGAGGCGGCGGAUAGAAGAAGAGAGGCUCCGGCUAGAGCAGCAAAAGCAGCAGAUAAUGGCAGCCUUAAACUCGCAGACUGCCGUGCAGUUCCAGCAGUAUGCAGCCCAGCAGUACCCAGGGAACUACGAGCAGCAGCAGAUCCUCAUCCGCCAGCUGCAGGAGCAGCACUACCAGCAGUACAUGCAGCAGCUGUACCAAGUCCAGCUCGCGCAGCAGCAGGCAGCACUGCAGAAGCAACAGGAGGUAGUGGUAGCUGGGGCCUCCUUGCCUCCAUCGUCAAAAGUGAAUGCAGCAGUAGCAGGUGACAUGAUGCCAGUAAACGGACAGGCCAAAACCCACACCGACAACUUAGAGAAAGCACCUGAGCCGGAGGUUGCCGAGGAAGCCCUGGAAAAUGGACCAAAGGAAUCUCUUCCAGUGAUUGCAGCUCCAUCCAUGUGGACACGACCGCAAAUCAAAGACUUUAAAGAGAAGAUCCGGCAGGAUGCAGAUUCUGUGAUCACAGUGGGCCGAGGAGAAGUGGUCACUGUUCGAGUUCCCACCCAUGAAGAAGGAUCCUAUCUCUUUUGGGAAUUUGCUACAGACAAUUAUGACAUUGGGUUUGGGGUGUAUUUUGAAUGGACAGAUUCUCCAAACACUGCUGUCAGCGUGCAUGUCAGCGAGUCCAGCGAUGAUGAGGAGGAGGAAGAAGAAAACAUCACCUGUGAAGAGAAAGCCAAAAAGAAUGCCAGCAAGCCUCUGCUGGAUGAGAUAGUGCCUGUGUACCGACGGGACUGUCACGAGGAGGUGUAUGCCGGCAGCCACCAAUAUCCAGGGAGAGGGGUCUAUCUCCUCAAGUUCGAUAACUCCUAUUCUUUGUGGAGGUCCAAAUCUGUCUACUACAGAGUCUAUUAUACUAGAUAAAGAUGUUACUGAGUCUGGAGUCCAGGCUGGGCAGAAGAUGGCAUUUAAUUUUUUUUGACUUCUGUGGAGCAUUGGAGCCGAGUUUCCCUAUUGAUUUUGGUCUGAUGGUGUGAACUUUUUUGGGGAGUCAGGAUUUCCUUGAGACUCUUUAGCAGUAAUAUUCUGGGGUUAAAAGGGAUCCCUCAGACUCAUCUAGCCCUUGGAUGCCAACCAGCAGUCAUUAGUGGAUGCUGAAGUUACAUGAGCUACGUACAUGUUAAAUGUUCAAGGUCUCCAGAAUAAAGCACCCCAAUGUUGACCAGACUGGCUGCCUGCUCCAUGCACCGUCAGAGCCCAUAGUUAAGCGUCCUCUCGUGUGACGUGCUUACGUUUGUCGUGCACAUCAGGUGCAGGUACCUUUGAUUGGAGGUCACCAUUUUUAAAACUUAAAAACUCAAGACCUCAGAG